AUGAACGCAGCAAGAACCAGGGUUGCCGCUUCCCUUUCAGCAAAACCUCAGGCAGGUGUUCCGCCUAGAAACAACUUGUACUCAUGUAAUAUCACUGAGCCACUGGCUCUCAGUGCUCUCGAGCGAGCCAAGACGGAAUCCUGCAUUAGAAAGAUUACCGAUGCUGCAUGUCGAUUAAAAAAUGGCGCGUUCCAUGACCAAUUCCCUGAAAGUCAAUGUGGAAACCACGAUCGUUCGCUGGUCAAUAGACGAGUUGGAUGUUUCGAAGAUUACAAGAAUAACCGAAGCCUAAACGGAUUUUCAUACGAGUUCAAGAGCGAUAACUCCCCAGAGAAAUGCCGCUCUUUCUGCUAUCGGGCCGGUUUUGUUUAUUACGGACCUCAUUCAAUGCCCAAAGCGGUUUUUGAGACAGGUUCUGAUGAUAACCUGAAGAGACCUCGUAUACUGUUUUUACUGCAACUGAACGGCAGAAAUGAGCGACAGGUAAAAAGGCUUCUCAAAGCGCUUUAUUCUCCUUUCCAUUACUACUACAUCCACGUUGACAAACGCCAGCUCUAUAUGCUCACAGAAAUGAAAGCUGUCGCUGCUUGGCUAAAGCUGUCGAAUGUGUUUGUGUCACCAGAUGCUCACAGCACUAUUUGGGGUGGUGCAUCUUUGCUGACCAUGGUACAAGGGAAGUCUUAUAUGAGUAGCCAUGGAUAUAACACAGGCAGGUUUAUCCAAAAACAGGGAUUCGACUUCGUCUUCGUAGAGUGCGAGAACCGCAUGUGGAGGAUCGGCAGGAGAGGCGAAUUUCCACGCAAUCUUCGCGUCGAUGGCGGUUCUGACUGGAUAGUUCUUCAUAGAGAAUUCGCAGAAUACUCCAUAUCUGACGAUGAGCUACCUGCUAAAUUACGAGCUUUGUUUGCCAGCAUUAUCCUGCCAGUAGAGAGCUUUUUUCACACGCUCUCGUACAAUUCCCGUUUCUGUGAAAGUAUCUUAGGCAGCAAUUUACGCCUUACAAACUGGAACAGGAAACAAGGUGAGGCGUUGCUGUAG